UUGAAAUUUUCGUUGUUGUCGCUAGCUACACGCUGCUAAGGAGUUGGAGUGUUGGAGUGAAGUUGGAGUGGUAUGAAUGAUUAUCAUUUAGACAGACGACACACUGUACAGCCGGAAACGUAAAUGUUUUUGAAUUGUAGGCAAGCAUUUCCCUUCUCUCACGCAUCUCCAUGGAUGGCAUAUCUCUGGUUUUACAAGAUGCAUACGGUCGUGUGCAGUUGGGAGGACUACCUAGCAAAGAUUUUCGGGAAUUGGCGUUUGUCAUUAAUGCUAGUAUCAGCAAACCCCCUGGCACUGGAGAUCCACCUUCCACUGAAGCUGAGGACAGUGAUCAAAAAGCGAAGAAAAUCAUACCCCACUCUUAUGGAAAUGUGGCUUUACAAGUCACGUUACUGGGUCUCUCACUCUUUGAAAAAAUGACAGUCAAACUAUUGAAUCACGAGUUGCCGCAGGACCUCAGACUUUACACCCUAAAUCUGUUUCAGGUGCUUCAUGAAGAAUUCAGUUUCAUUUCAAGUACUUUCGCCCUUUUUGGCAACAACGAUAGAUUGGUGUCCCAUUUGGCAGCAAAAUGUGUAUCCUCACUUCUUAUUUGUGAACUGCAGAGUUCAAAUGCAGGUGGCGUGGUCAUGGAAACGAUGUGUGAAGAAGUAUUCCAAAUGCACAGUUCUUGUUCUAAAUUGGAUGCUGGUGUCUGGUCCCUGACGGCUGUGAUGAAAGAACUACUCAAAGGAAACACUGAGCAUAAGUCAGAGCAAAUUGAGAAAUUACUCACAAGGAUGGACCCUGUUAUCACGUCCUUGUACUCGUCUCUUUUCCAAAGUGAGGACACCAGGAGAACUGGUGACUGGGGGACGGCACUGACCACAUUCAUGGACCUGCUCGAGGCUCUCACUGCUGCCCGAUUCCGGCUAGGCAUCUGCGUCUCGAGCCAGAGGCUGUUGUUCAUCCAAACCCCAGUUCUUCUACAACUUCUGGACAGUCCUUUAGACUACUUUGUGAAGAAACAUGUACUUUUGCUCCUGAAGAAAAUACUUCUUCAGAGGACUGGUGAGGAUUGGCUUUUGGGAGCAGUAAGCCCCACAACCCAUGGAUAUCCUUACCAUGCUGAGGAUAUGGUUGCACUCACAGACUCUGUCCUACAGGCAGUGGCCUGUGGCUGGUUGAAGCACGUGCCUGUGAGAACCGGCCCCGGUUUCUUUGGCGGCACCAAGGAGUCAUGUUCAGAAGAAGGAGCUGAUGAUGUGAUGUUGAGAGCAGUGAGCCUGGUUCUUCUCAAGUGUCUGGAAUACCAAACCAAGUCAGCUAAUUCUAAGAGUGGCAGCCAGACCAUUCAUGUGCUGAGGUAUUUAAACAAGUUACUUCAGUUCCUGAGCCAGCAUUGUGUUCAGCUCAGGCAGAGCGGUCAUCCUUGUUUGUGUGUGUCACUGGUGUUUGUGGACCAGGAUGAUGACAUGAUGGAGGCUGCUAGGGCUUUAAUUAUACUGCACACACACCAGAAAAGCUUGGGUGUUCCCUCAGAGGCCGGCUCUUGUUCGGUGGGGUUGAACCCUCACUGCCAUUUUGUGCUCCUCCUCAGAGGCCUUGCUUUCGACCACUCUGUGCUGCUGGACUUCUUAAUCUCUUCCGAAACUUGUUUCUUGGAGUACGUUGUCCGCUACUUAAAGCUCCUGCGGGAAGACUGGGAGGGCUUCUGCUUCUCAUGUCAGCUCAUCGAGGUACAGGGCUUCCAAAGGCAUGGCAAGUGGAGGAAGAACAGAAGCCAAACUUCACCUCUGCAUGGCAGAUCUUCUUUUAGUGAGCAAGCAAGAGGAUCUCAUUCAGGUGACAGUCUGAGCGAUGUCUGCUUGGGUCUGUCUGCCUGCCCACGUCUGGUGGAUUAUGGGAGCUCGGAGGACUCGGGGGAGGAGGAGGAGGAGGAGGAGAUGGAUGUGUGUGUGGGCUCAUCUGACACAGCCCAAAGUGCUGCUGCAGGUUCUCACAGUGCAGAGGGAGGCAGAGAAUGGAUCUCCCUGCCAGACUGCAAAGACAGCCAGGAAACCAGUAACCAUCCAGUAGCGUUUGUCAGGUGCACACAGACAUCUCUAGCUCGAAAAGUAGUGCUUUGCCUCAUGGAGCUAAGGACAGUUAUAUCAAGGUUACAGAAAAAGAACCUGUUUCCGUACAAUCCUGCCUCACUAGUAAAGCUCCUGACACUAAUUGAAGAAAAGAGUGAAUUAGUUUCCUAGUUUCCACCACUGGUAGAUUCUAAAUGAAGUGUACCGAUUAUUGUUCCUUGCCUAGUUUCUCAUACUUUCACGUUACUAAGGAGUCAAAUGUGUUGAAAUGGGAUGUGACAGUUAGUAAAGUUAGUUACGUUUUUUUCAACUCAAAAAGUCUUUGGGUUGAAUUGCAGUGUAGUAGUCUACCUGGAGACUGACAUUAUAGAAUGCUGCGUGUAAGUGUAUCAGAAUACAGUAUUUUUUUAAGACACAGUAAAUACAUUCAUUCAUUAUUAAGUAAUUCUGCAGAUAAUAGCAUUUUACUUAUUUUAGUCUUGUGUAUUUGUGUGCAAAUAGAUACCACAUGAUGCCCUAACAAUAGAUGCCCUAACCAAACAAAUAACCUGUUUGACACAGCACAAGGAAACAUCCUUCUGAAGGAAACAACAUAUAUUCUUCCCACAGUUUGAAAGGGUGUUCUCUUUCUCAUGUUUCGUGUCCAUUGGUGGAUCUGUUGCAAGGCUAUGGCAUAGCACUCUGGUUUGGCUUAGCAGGAAAUAUCACCUGCCUUUUCCAAUCUGGCAUGGUAAAUCAGCUUCCUCUCACCACCCAUUUGCUAUGAACAAAACAUUUCUCAAUGUCUUUUGGAAAACAUGUGAAAGUGAUUUCAGAGUUGUCCGCUGACAUCAAAUUAAGUAGUUCUGCAUCCACUUGUAACUAAAAUCUCUGCCUAACCAAGUCAAUCAAAUAAAAAUUGUGAGUAAGAAA